AUGACAUCAUGCGGGGGAAUCGGUUUUGUUAUUUUCAUCUUAUUUAUUGUAAAUGAUGCUACUGUCAUCUUGUUCAACAAAAACCGGCCUAUCGUCAAAAAGGUAGUGGCUGUGCCAAAAAGAUCAAUAUUCCCUGUGGACGGGGAGACAAAAAGUAGUCGAUGGGAGGACGUCACAUGGCUAGUCAAGAAGCCACCAAUCUACACUCAGAUUCUCACAAAUCUCAACAAUCUGUUCUAUGUGGGCACAAUCCAUAUUGGUAUCCCUCCACGACCUUUCCAGAUGAUGUUUGAUACCGGAUCUACAUUAACCUGGGUCCGAAGCAAAAAUGCCACUCAUUCAAUAGGAACAGAACGAACAUAUUACAGCGAAAUUCUAUCUAGAACAUCCAGGACGACACGAAGAAAGUUUAGAAUAGGAUAUGACGAUGGGGUGGUUACUUAUGGCAAACUUUUCACGGAUUUUGUAUCGGUAAGAGUUUAGUGAAUAUAAUUUUGAUCGGAAAUGACUCUGUAAUAUGAAUCCAUUCAGUUCGGAGACUAUUACAACCCUAAAUUCCGCGGUUACGUCCAUUUUGGAGUCGCUGACGUCAUCGAUGAGCAAGCCGAUAGCCGCCCUUAUGAUGGAAUCUUUGGCCUGGGAUAUGGAGAAAGUCAUGGACUAGUAACCUUGAUGGAGAGGAAUCGGAUCACAUCUAAAUUUGAUCCUCCAAUAUUCUCCGUUUUCAUGUCUCCUCUUCCAUCUAAACCCACAGAAUCAACUUGGGGCGGAGAGAUUAGCUUUGGAAGCCUGAAUUCGAGAUGGUGUCAGCCAGAAGCCGUAUUCACGGAUGUUAUCCAUUUGGGAGAUUGGAGAUUCCACGCAAAUCAGCUGCAAUUCAAUGGGAUCUUCGUCGAAUUCGAAUCUGAAAUCAGUUCGGACACUGGGACCUCGGCUAUUUUGGUGCCAAAAGAGAUCUACAAAAAAAUAAUGAAGCUGCUGGGAUUGAGAAGCGAUACGCAAGUACCCGCAAUAAAAUGUGAGGAAAAGAUCUCAAUGACUUUCAAGGUAAGAGAAUCCAAGAAAUUUGAGAAAACAAUAUAGAAAAAAGGCAUUCCUGCCAUGCAUAACAAUGAAAAACUUUGAAACAUGGCAUUUUCCGCCAUAGUUCUCAACAAUUUCUUUUAGAUAAAUGGAGUUCGUCUCUCGCUCACCGAGAAACAUCUUAUUACUGGCUACCACGGCAAGUGCAAUCUUCAGAUGGCACCGGUCAAUGGGAAUCUUUGGGUAUUUGGGACUCCAAUGAUCAGAAAGUACUGCCACAUCUAUGAUAUGAGCUCAAACCGGAUUGGUUUUGCAAAAACGGUCUAUUAGAAGUUGUACAAAGUUGCUGUAAAUAAUAAAGUUCUCGAAUUUUUUUGGUAUAUAUUUCUUCGUAUAAAAUUACACGUCCAAGUUAUGGAUAUAGGGCGCAAAGUGCGGAAUAAAAAUAAUCUUUUUUGUAAAGUUGAAGGUCAAACAAUGUUUAUAAAAGUUGACACCGCUACACGUUGCCAGGAGAAUCGUUUUUAUAUCCGAACAAACAGAUUUCAUCUGAAUAUCUUUUUAAUCAAAUUAUUUUAGGUAGAUGAACCUGUAGGACGGGCAAAACAUGCCGGAAGGUGUUGUUUUCGGUGCGUGUUGUUUAGUUUGUCGGGAUACGAACGUCCCCAGCGAGUAUUUGGAUGCGGGAGAAGUCAAUAUCCCUCAGACUGAAAACUUGUUGGCGACUCCGCCUGCAAUUUCAUUGGCAUUGGGAAGAUUUUUUGAUUUAAAGAAUCUCACUCAUCCAUACUUGUGCCAGUAUAUGGACUUACAGUCAUGUAAGACGGGUAAGCAUUUUGUGCAAGGUGAAUUACUUAUUAUAAGCCGAUUUUCAGCUCAAAAUAUCGUGAUCUUCAUCUCCGAGCAUUACAAAGACAAGUUUUUUGGAUCUGCUAUUGCUAAAAAGUGAGUAAGUUAUCAUUUCUUUAUGUCAUUGCUUCAAUGUUUAGUGCUUCUCAGUCUCAACUUUGUAAAUUGGCACAUGGAUUAGCGGACGCUAUCAAUUAUCUUCACCAUCAUUAUAUUAUAGUAGGCCAGAUGUCUAUUGAUGAUCUUGUGAUCUCUAAUACCAAAGAUCCGGCUAUCAAGUUGACUAGGUAUGGUUUGUAUCACGUUGGCAAAGGGUGUGUUGAUCAUGUCAUUGGAAGUGUUUAUUAUUUGGCGCCAGAAAGAUUAGCGACUUUACAAAACGACUGUUAUGCCACUUAUAAAUCAGAUAUCUGGUCGUUUGGAAUCCUUUUGUUAGAAUUUUUUGGAGGUUUCCGACUAUGUGAUGUCUGGGGAUUGAAACAAAUGUUAUCAUUAUUGCAUGUUUUGGUCAAAAAAGGUUGGCUUUUACUUGAUGAAUAAUAUCCUCAUGAUUUGUUGUUUUUAGCUCAAAGAAUGUCGUUAUAUCCAUUUCUAAUUGAACGCGUUCGAUCUGUUUUCCAUAAUCCAUCAGGGUUAAAGCAAAUCCCUAAGCAGAUUGAAGAUUUGAUAUCGAAUUGUCUCAACAUUUUGCCUUCUCAAAGACCAACUUCGGAUGUUCUUCUCGAAAAGUUGAAAGAGAUAAGCGGUUUGGAGACUAUUCAUGAUACAACAAAUUAUACGAAAGAGUGGCUUCGACAUCCUGCUAAAGUCCCGGAGUCGUUUCCUCAACGGCCUCUGAGUGAAUUGUUUUAUUUAUGGAAUCUGUGUGGGGCCGAUGUUUCAUCAAUAUUGAUUCAUAACAAGUGGAUUCGAAUGAAUGCACCGGUUAGGUCUAUCCCAACGAUGGUUGUCGAUGAUUUUCAGCAAUUUGGAAAUGAAGAUUGCAGGAAUGUGAAGGUAAGUGGCAAUGUUAUUUGAUGCCGAUCUUUAUCAAUUUUUUAAUGGUGUUUUAUUUCAGGUUACAACAAAUGUGGUCCCGUUGCCAUGUAAUCACCUGAAUGAACGGCUCGAAUCGCUGAAUAAAACUCCAUUCCGGGACAGUGUCGAGAUCUCGAUUGAUGAUCGAAAGUACGAAAAGGAAUUCGUUAACCAAUCAUUGGUGGUAAAGGAAAGGGAUAUCGAUUAUCAGGCCCAAAGAAUGUGUAGAAUCGCCCGUCUGAUCAAGGCGUAUCCAUUCAAGGGCGAUGUUUUGCUACAAGAACUGGCCACGGAUGUUCCUCCUGUGUAUCGUCCUGAAGCUUGGUUGGCUUUGUUAGAUAUCAACAAGGACGAUUUGAUCGAUGUCCUCAGUGAUGUGGAUGCCUUAUCGGAGCAUGCGAGCGAUCGACAAUUACAGGUGGACAUUCCGCGUUGUCAUCAGGUAAAUAUUUUUUUUUUUGAUUUAAUGCCGUGGUUAAUAUAAUAUAAAACAUAUUAAGUAAGUUUAUUUUUCCAGUACGAUGAAUUGAUGGCGACCCCGGCAGCACAUCAUAAACUCAAGAUCCUCCUGAAAUCAUGGCUGAACAAAGAAACGGAUUAUGUUUAUUGGCAAGGAUUGGAUUCCUUGGCCGCCCCUUUCCUCUACCUCAAUUUUGAUAAUUUGCCUCAGGCUUUCUCAUGUUUCCGGAAGUUUAUUGACCGGUAUUUGUAUGGGUUCUUCGUCAAGGACAAUUCUGUAGUCAUUAAAGGAAAUUUUAAUUUUUUUUUGUUUUAAAAUUGUCAUUUAUGAGUUUUAUGUUGAUUAUUAUAAAUUUCAGAAUAUUUAUCAGUAUUCAUGCAACUCCUGUCAUUCGUUGAUGCUGAACUCUUCACCCACAUGCAGGACCUUGAUUUCCAGCCGGAGCUCUUUGCAUUUUCGUGGUUUUUGACCUGUUUUGCCCACGUUUUCCCGUUACACAAGAUCUUCCAUUUAUGGGAUACCCUUCUUUUGGCCGAUUCUUCCUUCCCAAUCUUUGUCGGAGUCGCAAUCUUAUUGCAUUUCAAACAAAUGCUGAUGAAUGCGCAAUUCAAUGAUGCUAUUUUACUUUUCAGCGAUCUUCCUGGUAAGGUUUUAUAAAUAUUUCUUGAAAUUUUCGGUUUUUAUAGCUAAAUUUACCUUAAUUGUUCUUUAUUUGAUGACUUUUAGAUAUCAGAAUAGAUGAAGUUGUAGUGGUCGCUUGGAAAUUGUAUAAAUCGGUCCCUGCUGGGGUCACUCACCGCGAGAAUUCAUCGGAAAGUCGGCGACAAAAUACUUCUUUUGGCUUUCCCGUUCAUUCAUGGGAGAAACCAAAUUACUUGGACUGCGCGGCCCCGUACAUCUACAGUUCCGACUUGAAGAAACUAAUCUCCAAUAAUCAAGUUCUAAUGAUCGAUUUGAGAUCCGAUUUUUUGCAAGUUACUAUCUAAUUUAUAUGUAAAAUCAAAUCACAAUUUUUGGUAUAAUUUUCGAUCUUUAGACACAACCGUCUCAGUAUCCCCGGAAGUUUAUGUUGCGCCUUCGAAGCGAAUGAAUACACGUUAACGGCAUUCCAAGGAACGGUCGGGAAUGCGGUGGAUUUAGCCCUCAACAAUGGGCAUACUGUGUGUUUAAUCGAUGUCCAUCCCUUUAAUAAUGCAGUGAAAGUAAGUUAAUUGUUAGCUAUAAUAGCAAUCUUUAGGCUUCGUGGGAUCUAAUAAGAGCCGGCAAGAAUAAAAUUUGCAUUUAUGCGGACGACCUUUCAAAAGCCUUCAAUUGA